UGGAGUGGAUAAACUGAACCUUGGUCUCCGAACGUGGAUGACGAGUGGUCGUUUCAGAUGACUUCAAAACCAAUCCCAUUCUGUAUUCGAUUUUCCCUUCCAAAAUAGGUUUUAAAAAAAAGAGAAAAAAACAAAAAUCUCCCUGCGUCGUAGAUUCAUUCCCGCUUUCUUUUGCGCCGAAUCAUUCAUUGUUACAUCUCCCAAGGAAAGCGAUCCCUUUUCCAUCUUCUUCAUAUUGAUCCCAGAGCAAGAUUCUUGCAUUCCCAUUUACCCUUUUGGGUUUCUCAGAGAGAGGAGGAGAAAAUCCUAGGUUUCAUCUUUCAUUACAGAGAAUUCUAGGGAGAGAGAGUUUCGUCAGGAAUUCUUAGAGAGAGAAGAGAAAUCGUGAUGGCCAGACCAGUUGUUGAUGCUGCCUAUCGAAAAGCAGUCGACAGGGCACGGCGAGACCUCCGAGCACUGAUCGCCCAGAAGAACUGCGCCCCCAUCAUGCUCCGUCUCGCAUGGCAUGAUGCUGGUACUUAUGAUGCAAAGACGAAUACUGGUGGUCCAAAUGGUUCAAUCCGAAAUGAAGAAGAGUACAAACAUGGCUCAAAUAGUGGCCUGAAAAUAGCAAUCGACCUCUGUGAAGAAAUCAAGGAAAGACAUCCGGCAAUAACCUAUGCAGACCUUUAUCAGCUAGCUGGGGUUGUUGCUGUGGAAGUCACUGGGGGACCCACUAUUGACUUUGUUCCUGGCAGAAGGGAUUCAUUGGUCUCUCCGAAAGAAGGAAGGCUUCCUGAUGCAAAAAAAGGUGUAGAUCAUCUAAGAGACAUUUUCUAUAGGAUGGGACUUACUGACAAGGAUAUAGUUGCGCUCUCUGGAGGCCACACUUUGGGUAGGGCUCAUCCCGAGAGGUCAGGAUUUGAGGGGGCAUGGACUAAUGAUCCUCUUAAAUUUGACGACUCUUAUUUUUUAGAGCUACUGAAGGGGGAAUCAGAGGGACUGUUGAAACUCCCCACUGACAAGGCUCUGUUGGAGGAUCCUGUGUUUCGUGAAUAUGUCGAGCUCUAUGCAAGGGAUGAGGACACCUUUUUCAGAGAUUAUGCGGAAUCUCACAAGAAAUUGUCUGAACUUGGGUUUACGCCUCCAGGGUCAUUGGGGUCCAAAACAGAAGCAAAUACGAGUUUGAUACUGGCACAGAGUGCUGUCGGAGUUGCUGUUGCAGCUGCAGUUGUGAUCUUGAGUUACUUCUAUGAGGUCAAUAGAAGGGUUAAGUAAAAUAUUCUCCUGCUUGCUUUGAUGAGGAGAUGUUUUUCCUCUCUCUAGUAGUUGAAGUCUUAGAAAUCAUAUUAUCAGACGAUUCACAUCAGGGUACAGCAGAAUACUGUUUGAAUAAGAAAGAGCAUGCUGUGACAUACUUUGUGUUACAAAGUACAAAUAAACUAAUAAUGCAGCAAAAUACAAACAGUUAUUGAAGUAAUAAUGAUGAUCAUGGCUAUGCUGGUGUUAGUAGAACGUCAUGUAAGCAACAUAAGCAAUGGCAUAAUUGCAACAGGGACAGGGUUUCAUUCUCAUUCCAAUGCAAAUCCAACUCUUCCAAUAAACAAUUUUUAGUACCCCCCAGUACUCAAUAUGCAUAACAUGUUUCUGAUCCAAGAGUGGGUCCGUUUCUUUAUAUGAUGUGCUGCCAAUGCAUUUACUAUCUGCCAUUCAGAUUGAAAUACAAUGCUGUCUUCUCAUGGUUCUCA